AUGGCAACUCUUGCCAAAGGACCGAUCUACUUCGGGCCCUUCAUAGUAACGUCACAGGUCUUCUACUCAACGCCCUUAUCCUUCGCCCUCGUCAACCUCAAACCAAUCCUACCCGGCCACGUACUGAUCUCACCGCGCCGCGUCGUCUCGAGAGUGUCCGACCUUACCCCGGACGAAACCACAGAUCUAUUCCUAACCGUACGCAAAGUCGGGCGCAUGAUUGAGCGCGUCUACGAUGCAUCGAGUCUGAACAUCGCCAUUCAGGAUGGCGUGGAUGCGGGACAGAGUGUGCCGCAUGUUCAUACACAUAUUAUCCCGCGCAGGAAGGCGGAUCUCGAUCAUAUGGGCGGUACGGAUGCGAUUUAUGGAUUGCUGGAUGGCGAGGAAGGUGAUAUUGGGCGGAUACAGAGAGAAGUGAAUAAGAAAAGGAGGACGGAUUUUCCGGCUGUUGAUAAUGAGAGUAGGACGCCGAGGAGUGAGGAGGAUAUGGCUCGCGAGGCGGAGAUGUUGGCUAGGGAGAUGGAGAAGGAGGUGGAUGAUUGA